GAAGACGAAGAAGAAGGAGAAGAAGAAGACGAAAGUGUCAGACGUAAACAUGACAGUUUGACGGAAUUAAACUUUAAAUCGGAACUGGACCAAACCAGACAGAACUCCGACCAGAACCAGUGGAAUAUUUUUUGGAGAAACGAUGGAGUCUGUCGUCAAAUGGAGCUCACAACAAGUGGUGGACUGGAUGAGAGGGCUGGACGACAGCGUGCAGCAAUACGUCCCGUCUUUCCAGCGCCAUCAGGUGGACGGAGAGAAGCUGCUGCGGAUGUCCCACCAGGAGCUGCUGUCUCUGGGCAUGUCCAGGGUGGGACACCAGGAGGUGCUGCUGGAGGCCGUGGACCUCCUCUGUGCUCUGGUCAGUGACUCUCCAACCUUCACAGUACAGACCAGUACAGACCAGUACAGACCAGCACAGGUGAACCUGAAGACCCUGGUGGGGAAGAUGAGGGUCGCUGACCACAACCUGAGCGGCGCCGUGUCCCAGCACAGGAAGAACCCGUCCUACAGCAGCAAGAACUCCCAUCAGCCCUCCAACCAGUUCCUGACGGCUGUGGUGGAACUGAUCUCAGCUGCCAAGAGUCUGCUGGGCUGGAUGGACAGGACUCCUCUGACCAACGACUUCACCUUCACCAAAAGCACCAUCAUCCAGCUGUGUCUGGAGUUGACCUCUACUGUCCAGAAGGACUGCAGUGUUUAUGAGAUGGAAGAGAAGAUUCUGGAAGUGUCACGUGCUCUGACCUGCAUCUGUGAGAAGACGGUCCAGACGACCUCUGACCCCUCCAAGAAUGAGAUGGCCUGUCUGGAGGAGGUUCACAUUACCAACGUCCGACCAGGCGAAGGACUGGGGAUUUACAUCAAAUCAACGUACGACGGACGUCAUGUGAUCACAGGAACCACGGAGAAUUCUCCUGCAGACAGAACCCAGAGGAUUCACGCUGGAGACGAGGUCAUUGGGGUCAACCAGCAGACGGUGGUCGGUUGGCAGCUGAAGCAUCUGGUGGACAAGUUAAGGGCGGAGACAGGAAGUGUAGCCCUGGUGGUGAAGAAGAGACCGUCAGGCAUCACAGGCAGUUUUGUUCCUGCUCCACUGAAGAACAUGCGCUGGAGGUCCCCACAGGUGCAGACGUCUCAGAGAACCUCAGGAGUCUACAGACCUCAACCACACCAGAACCCAGACAGUCUUGGACCCAGAGCCUCCGUCCUGGACCUGUACCUCCCUCCUCCUCCUACAGCUCCGUACUUCCCAGUGACCACCAUCUCAGCUUCAGGCGUGGACCUCAGACCCCGGUCUCCAAACUCCUGCCUGGACUCAAACCCACGACCACGCUUUGGUGUCUCACGUGACAUUACGAUGUCAGAUGUGGCCCCGCCCCCUGAAGUCAACCAGCCAAUCCCGGUCCGUUAUCGUGCUCGUUCCUCCGCUCACUCCAAACCUCGGCCCGUCUCUAUGCCCGUGGAGUCUCUCUGUGGCUCCGCCUCCUCCAGGCCCGGCGCUCACAGAAGGAAAGGUCACGACCUCCUUCACAGGUGCCUGAGUAACGAGGGCAUCAGCUCCAUCACCGAGGAGGAGCCCUGUUACCCCCUGCCCUACCGCGGCCACCCAUCGGUCCGCGGGGUCGACCACAUCAGAGGGAGCCAGUGCUUCAUUAACUCAGACCUGCACAACAGCGCCACCAUCCCAUACCAGGAAGCGUCUUCCAAGAAGUCCGCCACGUCCGCCGCCGUUUCUCCUCCUGCUCCGACCAAACAGUCCAAGUCUCUGCUCACAGGGUGGUUGGCUCGACUCCGACUGCUCAGCCAUUGAUCCACUCAAAACCACAGCGCCACCGUCUGGACUGGAGAGGAGACUGAGAAGGUAGGAUGUUAACACUCCACACUCUGAUCCAGCUGGACUUUUGUUUCCUUCAACUUCAAAUGUUAUUGCUAAAAAAGUUCUACAGAACCGUUGACUCCAAAAACCAGUUCUCUUCAGGAUUCUCCAGGAAACUCAGGUCAGUCUGACACCUGUGGUCAGUGGAGACGAGUUCCUCCGUUUGAGGAAGUGCUUUAGCUUUAUUUUUGUACUAACAAGGAGCCAUGUAGUACUACUGCACAAGUACUACUGUACAAGUACUGCUGCACAAGUACUGCUGUACAAGUGUGUACAUAAGAUGAGAUAGAGUUUAUUUUUGUAGAAAUCUGUGCUGAUUUUGAAAUGACAAAAUUCUUCAAUUUU